AUGUCUUGUUCAAAGGAAAAAUACGAUCUUUCUGCAAAACUCAUUAUUUUACUAGCAACGCUUUACAAAAAACCGUCACAUCCAUCACAUAGAAAUAGUGAUCUCCGCGCAGCAAUGUACUUCAAAAGACCAGGAAAAAACAGACGAACCGCAACAACAACGAUGCUAUUGACAGUAGUGGAACCUUUCGAGCUGUCACUUCCGGAAUUGCUCAAUACCGGGCUCGAGUUCAGUGUAAUGCAGCGCGAAGGCGAUCGUAAAGCAGUGCAAAAAUUCGUUACAACCAUCAAGUGA